AUGGGAAAACAAACUUCCGAAAACAGCAUCAGCAAUGAGAAAGACAUUAAAACCAAGAAACCUUCUGUUAAAGAGGUUAUUAGUAACUUCUGUGGCUAUACGACGGCACAUGGCCUUGGAAGACUGGCCGAUGGUGGUGGGAUAUUCCGUCGAGUAUCAUGGACUCUGUUUUGUGUGGGUGCUAUGGCGAUGUUCAUAGUUCAGACCAAAAAUUUAUUUGUUAUUUACCUCAGCCGACCUGUGACAACUGUGGUUACUGUCAACCACGAAAGUGUAAGCAAGAAGAUGAUUAUUUUCUAAUAAUAGGAAAUGCCUCACACACUGCAGUUAUCCUUCUAAUUCAGCCUGUCAUGAUUUAACCCCAGCGGGGGGCGAGCGGAGGUUUUUAGUGGUGUCACGGUUAAAAUUUACCUUAUCCCUUCGUAAGGCUCUGUAAUUUCUCAUGAUCUCCCAUCAUUGGCGGUUAAUAGGAAGUCAAUUUUUUAUAGUACCCCUUUAUACUCUGUUGGCGACGACUGAUCCGCCCUGAAAACCAUGUGAUUCCCUUUUAAAUUAUCCACAACUUACCCCCCCUCCCCACCCCUCUCUCAGGCAAAAUAUAGACCGAUCCCUAACUCAAAUGUAGAUUUUAAUUAAAGACGACGCAGUCCUUAAUUUUUUUCUUAAUUUAAGUUGUGCACCUAUCCUAUUGUUCAAACAGAUAUAAAGUAUAAACUUAUUUUCCCUUUCCCGUUUCCCUCAUUGAUUUGCCUAUACUAUUUUAUUUAUCUUUUUCUAUGAGUCGCUUUGAUCUUUUUCGUGAUUUACAGUCGUUAGUUCUCUCCGGUUGUUUUAGCAAUUUUCUGUGUGCAAGGAUAUUAAUUGAAAUUCAUUUUUCUUCCUUUCGAUGCUAACCGCGUAAGCAAAUGGCCAAAAAUAUUCUAAAAUGGGGCUUACAGCCAGAGUAAUCGGUCAAUCAAGUGGCGAAAGUGUAUUUCGACGUGAGUAUCGUAAAACUAAAAUCAAAUGCAUCACAGAAGCCAAUUACAACAGAGGAAAAGAUCAGGUGGAGUAAAUGAAAACUCAACGUAAAAGACGCAAAUAUUAAUAAAUUGCUUCUGUUCAUUCCACCGAUCAAGAAAAAAACAUUGACUAUAAUGACUAUUUAAAACAUUGUACUUACUGAGAGCUGUGGCCUGAUAAUCACAUAACGUGUUUACCCACUUGCAGCAUGUCAAAUUUCCAGCUGUGUCCAUCUGCAACCUUAAUAUGAUUCGCUACGAUAAACUCCCCUAUGGCUUCAUAGAUGAAAUUUUGGAGCAUUUGAGAUUGGAAGGUAAGGUUGAUUCAACAAAUACAAAUUUGGAACAGAACGGCUUUGCAGCGCCGGUGAAACAGAAAACAGACUCAGGAGUUGUGAGCUGUGUGUCCCGGUAAACUGAACUAACAGCCUUAUAACUAUUCAUAGACGGACACUCCUACUGGGUAUUCACCUUGAGGGUAGUGAGCUUACUAUAUAAUGCAACGACAGCGAAAAUAAAAACAAAAAAAAUGAAGAAAAAUGGGAAAAGAAACAAACGAAAACAAAAUAAACAGAAAAUACAAGUAUUUUUUAAUAAAGGGUCAUUACAGAAAUAACUUCUACGCUCCUAGCUAUGCUGAUGCAUGGAAACUUUCUUGUUCAUGCUAUUUUAUCCAUCUGUCUAUAUAUUUUGAAUUUUAGAGGAAAAUGAAAGUGGAGAUUCGAGAACCUCUCAAAAUGCAUUAAGUUCUGAUGACUUACCAACUGAUACCACUGGUGUCCUUACCGACGGUUCGGAAGACGCUACAACUGACUCGACUCACACUUCUGAUGUUCCCAGUGUUGUAACACAAAGCGUUACGACGAACUCUCAAACAGCUUCUCCAGGUGACUCAACUGAUGCCUUCACUAGCGUUCCGGGAGUAAAAACCACGCACGGUUCCUCAAAAGACCCGACUGAUGCCAUUGAUGUUCCCACUGGUUUUCCAGAAGACCCAACAAUGUACCCCUCGAGUAAUAACGACUACAACUACGAUCCAAACUAUUUUUACGACUACGACUACUUUGGCUAUGACUAUCUCUAUCUAGGUGGGCCUGAAGAGACCAAAGAGGAGGAAUACAGGGUCGAAGAAACUAUCCGUGCUGAGAUAGCAAUGAAAAACGAUUCCGAGACUUACCAUAUGGGGCACCAGUUUGAGGAUUUGGUGUUUGAGUGUUCAUUUAGAGGAUAUGAUUGCAGGUAUGUUGUCUUUUUAAAAAGGGCAGCCAGUGUAAUGCAAUAUAAAGCAAUUAUUUUUAAAUAAAUAAAUAAAGAGCCAAACAAAACGACAACACAGCAAUCAAACAAAAAUAAAAAAAUUUUUUUUUUUGCUAUAAACAGUUUCCGAGGGUUUUUGUUGUUAUUGACAGACUUUUUCAUUUUCAGUAACUAUUCACUUUAUUGGAGGCAUUUUUGGGAUCAUCGUUACGGAAACUGUUUCACAUUUAACGGUGGCACUGAUGACAAUGGAGAAAGACAGAAGACUAUGAUUUCCCACGUCACUGGACCAGCUGGAGGUAUUUACAUUCACAUUUUGCCGUGUUCCAGGUUUUAAAUGGUAAACAGCGAUGAAAAGAAAUGUGCGUGGGUCAACACAUUAGAACAAGAAUAACAAGCAUUGAAAUAUCCGAUAUAACAGCAAGAGCAUUGACGUCGAUAUCUACUUUGAUGAUCAACUCUACUUUGUCCAGUCCAGAGCCAGGGCGAGGGAUUCAAAGCUCCAUCAUUCUUGUUCUUUUGUUGUCCCUCCUACCUCUUUCACUGUCAUGAAAGCUGACCUACUACGACGUGAUUUCCCCUUAAAUUUAGCUCGAUCGUUGUAGCUGAUCUGGAAAAUAGCUGUUGUUAAUGGUGGAAUUUUUAAACGCGAAAUUCCUAAAAAAAACAAGACUUGUUUUGAAUUUUGAGAACGACAAUCGGCUUGUUGUUGUUGUUGUUGUUGUUGUUAUUGUUGAUGUUGUUUCAGUGUUUUGUCGUCGAAAUUUUAAAUGAGCGAGAAAGAGUAAUGUAUUCUCGGUGUGAAUCAUUCUUGUAUGCAUUUGUAAACAUCAGGGUUGAAGCUUAACCUGUUUAUAGAGCAGUCACAGUACAUUGCAGAACUCAGUGAUACUGCUGGAGCUAAAGUUGUGAUUCAUGACCAAGGCCAAAUACCCUUCCCCAAUAACGAGGGGUAUAGUGUGUUACCAAGCCGCUCCACCGCAUUUGCCUUGACAAGGGUGAGAGCAGUCUCUCGGAUAUAGAUACACCCGUUUGCAAAAACGUUGCAACAUUGACAAUAUAUAUCAAAUAUAUAUGUAUAUAUAUAAAUAUUAAAUAUUAUGAGAGGAAAAAACGACGCAACUACAUUUCCCGACAAGCCUGUUUCGUGAAUCGCUUCACUCUUCAGGGGUUUAAUCGCAGAGUGAAGCGAUUCACGAAACAGGCUUGUCGGGAAAUGUAGUUGCGUCGUUUUUUCCUCUCAUAAUAUUUAUUCUGCUCUGCUUCAACGUAUUGAGCACUGUUCCACGCGAAAAUCGACUUGCAGACUUCCUAUGUAUAUAUAUAUAUAUAUAUAUAUAUAUAUAUAUCUUUCGUUUUCUCAAAAUGGCUCUUUUUGAUGAGAAAAUAAAAGGUAUAUAUGUAUUUGAUAGAUAUUUUCAAAUUUGAAAUGGUUUUGAAAAUGGGUAUAAAUAUAAUUAUGUUUUUCCUCGCAAAUAAUAUCAUCUUGUUUUAAAAAUAAGGCACGAAAAUUAAGUAACACUUGCUAUACAAGAAAAAAAACUAGGGGCUUCCAAUUGGGAUCAUACAUGUAUAUACUAGCAGCUGUCAUUAAGAUGUGAUUAUCUUACUGUAUGCUAUAACACUAUGUAUCGACUUGAUUAAUCGUGGAACUUGAUAUCAAUGCUCUGCAUAUUCAAUAUAAAAAAUCAACAAGUUUAAAGAAACAAUCUGACAAAUUUUUCUUCUGUAAGUUUUAUAAAGUUUAAGUGUAAUCAGCCCUCAAUAGAGAGGAUAGUUUGAGUUAUUCACAGUUCAUAGAAUAAAGUGAGGAGGAAAAACGAAAUUAAAUUUUUAUCAUUCAUUCUUACUACUUAAAUUAUUGUCAAUCAUCAGAAGGUCAUCGAACGGGUUGAUCCCUUCGGUAACGGAAGUUGCCAGCCUGAGAAGAGAUUAAAUCGCGACAACAUGUAUACCAAAAAAUUCAAUGUCUCUUACUCCAGACAGGUAUCGUGUUUCUUGCCUUUUGAACUUUCAUUAUUUUUAUUAUCAUUCUUUUGAUAUUUUAAAUUUGGGUUUCUUCUGUUAACUAACCUUCGUUUUGUUUCAACGAGCUACAGCUGUAAAUGCUAUAGGCUAAUGUCUUACUUAGUAUCUGGUCAUCUGAUCAGUUUACUGACUAAUCAAUCGAUAGCCUAAUGUAUUAACUUUUUUAGCUAUUGAUACUCGGCGGUUGCUCAGUUAAACGAUUUGUAUGCUGUAUGCACAUGAGCAUUGUCAAAUGAACAGCUGUAAUUAACUGUUCAAAAGUAUACGUAUGGGCUGGUUUUGAUUUUUAGCAUUCCCAGAUCCCAAACCAUUUAACUAGUUGCCUUUAUUUCCAACUCUUUUCAAAGGCUUGCUUAGAUUCUUGCCAGGCCGAAAAACAAGUUGAAGAAUGUGGAUGUGCUAGUGGCCAGUUUCCUUCCCAUUCAGAUAUUUGUAAUUUAAGGAACUCGACAACAGGUAAAGACAGCCGAUUAAAUUAAAUUAUGCAAGCCGCAAGGAAUAUCAAUAAUUUUUUUUACACAAAGUUUAUUGCAUUUUUUCUUUUUCAGCGAAAUGUCUAGAAAUGAUACAACUGAAGUUGGUGACUGGGGAACUGAACUGCGAGAAGAAUUGUCCUACGCCAUGCAGGUAAAUUAAAAAAGCUCAAUCAAAAAUAAGCCAGCAAACUGAACUUUUGUCUUAGUGGGUAUGCUUCAAUUUAACCUGCACAUAGUCAGGCGCUUCAUUGCAUGAAUUAAAAUCAUCUCGAUGUACACGUCUACACACAGCGACAUGCUAGUCUAGUGAUUUGUUUGAUAUCUGGCCGUUUCGCCUCCCAUCAUGUCUGUCGUGUCAUGUCAUGUCGUGUCGUGUCAUAUCAUGCAUUGUUGUUUCUUUAAAUGUCUUAUCAUGCCCGUCACUUCAUGUAAUGUCAAGCAGUUUCGUGUCGUCUUUAGCUUACAUGGUGUAUUACAAUGUAAACCUAUCAAACGCAUUUUAAUACAUCUUAGUCGUAAUCCCUCUCAUCGUCAUUAUCAACAUUAAUGUCCUUUUCUUCUAGUGAAAUUCAGUUCAUGGCCACUCUUUCAAUGGCGCAAUAUCCUGCCUAUUUCUACGAGGUAUUUGCAGUACUUUUUUAACGGCUUCAAAUAACGUGAGUUUCGAAUAUUCGGUUCCAGCUGAGGUUUCCCAAGUCAUUAUACACUACCUUUUUUUUACUUUCAGGCAAUGCUUGAGUCACGUGUGAAGAAAAAGACCUCCAUUUAUAACGAGUUGUACAAUGGAUUUAAUCUAAAGUGAGUAGCUAUUCACUAAAACAAAACAAAAAAAAGCCAUAUAAAUACUUGCACAAGUCGGUUUACGUUAAUGGAAACCAAAAUAAGAGAGUCGGACAAUUAAUCUGUUGUCAUUUAGUCAUAAAUAUUUAGGUCAUUGAUAAAUUUUAUUGUUUCAUUUGUUGUUUCAUACAGCGAAAACUUUGCACAAGUGAAAAUAUACUACGAGCAGCUAAAUUACCAAAAGGUCUCUGAAAGAAUAAGCUAUAAGGUAUGUUGGUUUAUAUAUUAGGAAUGAUUACUUCCCUACGAAUACUUGCGCGUCUCCUUUAUAUAUUUCGAAAAUGAACUCUCUUCACACAGAACCAAGAGUCGAUUUAUCUUCAUCCUAGGGUUAGUUUUUCUUCAUUAUCUCUUUAAUAAACUUUAUCUUGUAUAGGAAAAACGAUGGAAUCUCGAUUAAGCCCUUAAUGCUUAAUAAUAAUUCACCUUUCUUGUUUUUUUCCCGUCAGGGUGUUAAUCUCGUCGCUGAUAUAGGAGGUCAGCUUGGCCUUUGGAUUGGCAUAUCAGUGCUUACGUGUUGCGAGUUUUUGGAAUUGGCAAUAGUAUUAAUACAAACCGUUAUCGGGCGUGUGAGACGACGAAAACUUAUUCACAUUCAACCUUGA